UAGGACAAUGGGUGACAAAUUACGUAGACCACGUGUUCCUAUAUGAAUCAAACGCCUGUGUGUCUGUGUAGUCUUCUUGUCGUAUGCUUACCGUGAUGGAAACCAUCACUUGAACCACUUCCUGCUGGUCUUUUCCUAAACUAUUCUUAGCAACAGCUUACUGACUGCAAUUAGAUAUCAAAGGGCAACAGCACGGAUCUGUCAUAGAGCUUACUGACAACAAGCGACAGACCGACUCUUGUCCAGUACUCUACAAAGUCCAGAGACAUGCUGUAUUCAGUGAUUCUAGCCUUCGUGGUAAUCCUACAGUGUAGUGCUUUACAUAAUAAGGAUCCAGACUUUCAACACACUUACCUCAAACUCAACUCUGUUUCCACGACGACUGGGGAUUCUGUCUUCUGUUUUGAGCACAAGUGCAAGUGUAGUAAUGAUGAAGCCGACUGUUCACAGAAUUACGGAGCGCUCAAGUUUGUUCCCCAACUCCCGAAUUACGUACGAUUUUUAAAUUUUACCUACAACAACCUUACAACCAUUGACAAGGCAGACUUCUUCUAUAAUCUUACCGACAUUAACUUUCUUGACCUCGGGGAUAACGGACUGUGCUACAUCCACCCGCAAGCGUUUCGUCCUCUGAAGCGACUGCGACAUUUGUAUCUACACUACAAUGACCACCUUGACUACCAGGCUCUACAGUCUGUUUUAUUUGUCCAGACCCUAGAGCGACUUGAUGUUACGCACGCAUCACUGGGACCUCUUCCCACCGAUCUCUUCUACAGAUUCCCCUUACCUCGACUAAAGUAUAUGUACUUGCAUGAGAAUCAUCUGGGAUUCUUGAAUUUUACAGCUUUGAAGCCGUUGGUGAGUCUCGAAAGCAUCGGUCUUUCUUCCAAUUCUAUUUCGGCCAUACAAUCCGAUUUCAUGUAUAGGCUUGAAAAUCUAAUUAUUCCUAAUAACGCCAUAGAACAGUUUCCUGUAACAUGUAGUCCUAAUGGGACUUCCUAUUUCCCGAGGUUGACUAACCUGUUUCUCAAAGACAACCUUAUCCACACUCUCGCGACACCGAUCUGCUUACCCAAACUGACAAUGCUGCAGCUCAGUGGAAAUCGCUUUGACUCUUUGUACACUGAUAUGUUCAAUAGCCAAACGUUUCCCAGUUUGGUGGAACUCUAUUUGAAGUCGAUGGCACAACAUAUAAACAAAAUAGACAAAAAUGCUUUCAAUAAUACUUCACUAGAGAGAAUAUCUUUAAUGUACAAUGGUAUAAAAUUCAGAGACGGAAGUGUUCAUGCUGACAGUUUUAUUGGUUGUCCCAGAAUAAGGAAUCUUGCACUGGACGAUAAUGACUUUAGCGAUGUGGACGACAAACGAUUCCUGCAGCUGUUUGGACACUUGACGAAGCUGGUUGGCUUGUUCAUGGGUAAUUCUUUUGUGCAACAAGUGACGCUCAACACGUUCUCUAAGUUUAGAAAUUUACAGAGACUACACCUGUACGGAAACCAAAUACACACACUUCCGGAUGGCGUGUUUGACAAAAACAAUCUGGAGGAGUUAAUUUUGCAUGCCAAUCGUUUAAGUCAAAUAUCACCAUCGACUUUCGACAACACCACCAUUGCAAGACUAAAAUCUCUCGACCUUAGCGACAAUCUGUUCUCUUGCUCUUGUGAACUAAGGUGGUUCCGUGACUGGAUGGUGACGCAGCCUUCGGUAUUUGCUAAGUCACAAGGCAAAUACGUGUGCUCUGAUAGACAGAACGUGACAGUCAUGUCAUUCUACUUACCUGAUCAGGCGUGUCUGAUGACUACUGAUGUCUACAAAUUCAUUAUAGCCAGCGUGGGAGUAAUCAGCUUUGUUCUCACGUUGUUAUCCUCGCUGUAUCGCUACCGCUGGCACAUUCGUCUUGUUCUGUACGAGACAUUUCGAGACAGGUCUGGUGAGAGAAGGAGACGUCUGCAGGAUCAGGUGUACAACUAUGACGUCUUUGUGUCGUACGCCGAGGAAGACUUGCGAUGGGUGCAGACGAGACUGAUGCCGGAAGUGGAGCAGCGACUGGGAUUGCGGCUGUGUGUGCAUCAACGUGACUUCCUUGCGGGCAAGAACAUCGUCGACAACAUCGUGGACAGCGUCAACGACAGCAAGAAGAUUCUGAUGGUGUUCUCCACUAACUUUGCUCGCAGUCACUGGUGUCAAUUCGAGUUGGCGUUCUGUCUCCGUCACGUUAUGGAAAAUGAAGAUAACCUGAUCAUCGUGUGUUUGGAGGACAUUUUGUCACGUGAUCUGACGAGCGUGAUGAUGGCGGUACUGAAGACUAACACGUACAUUCAGUGGCGAGACCAUCCAGAUGCUGCAGCCUCGUUCUGGGGACGUCUUGAGAUUGCCCUGCAGGAACUUCUCCCUCAACCUGUUAGAUUGCCAGACAUCUCAAUCAUUAUCGGCUAUCGCCAUUAUGUUGGGAUUGUGCAGUGGAUGGUCAAGACAAGAGGCAAAGUCGACACUAAAAGACAGAUGAUAUCUCUGCCUUUGUACUUUGUAAAGUCUUGCAACAUGUUGUCCUCACUGAUUCCAACCUUGGUGGUAAUCCUACACUGUGGUGCAUUACAUGUGAAGCAGGACCUGGACUUGGAGCAAACACUCUUCACGCUCUCCAGAAAUGUCUCUGUUCCCACGUUCGACGAUUCUGUCUUCUGUUUUGAGGAUAAAUGCAAGUGCAGUGGUGACAAGGCCGACUGUUCACAGAAUUAUGGAGCGCUGACAUUUGUUCCUAAGCUCCCGAAAUAUAUACGAUUCUUAAAUUUUACUUACAACAACCUUACAACCAUUGACAAGCCAGACUUCUUCUAUAAUGUUACCUACAUUAACUUUCUUGACCUCGGGGAUAACGGACUGCGCUACAUCCACCCGCAUGCGUUUCGUCCUCUGAUUACGACAUUACAACAGUUAUUUCUAGACAACAAUGUCAACCUUGACUACCAGGCUCUACAGUCUGUUUUGUUUGUCAAGAUCCUACAGAGGCUGGACGUUAUGCACGCAUCACUGGGACCUCUUCCCACCGAUAUCUUCUACAGAUUCCCCUUACCUCGACUAAAGUAUAUGUACUGGCAUGAGAAUCAUCUGGGAAUCUUGAAUUUUACAGCUUUGAAGCCGUUGGUGAGUCUCGAAAGCAUCGGUCUUUCUUCUAAUUCUAUUUCGACCAUACAAUCCGAUUUCUUGUGUAGUCUUGAAAAGUUAGUUAUUCCUAAUAACGCCAUUGAACAGUUUCCUGUAACAUGUAGUCCUAAUGGGACUUCCUACUUCCCGAGGUUAACGAACUUGUUUCUCAAAGACAACCUUAUCCACACUCUCACGACACCGAUCUGCUUACCAAAACUGAAAAUGCUGCAGCUCAGUGGAAAUCGCUUUGACUCUUUGUACACUGAUAUGUUCAAUAGCCUAAAGUUUCCCAGUUUGGUAGAACUCUAUUUGAAGUCGAUGGCACAACGUAUACACGAAAUACAGAAAAAUGCUUUCAAUAAUACUUCACUACAAAGAAUAUCUUUGCUGUACAAUGGUAUAAAAUUCAGAGACGAAAGUAUUCAUGCUGACAGUUUCAUUGGUUGUCCCAAAAUCAGAAAUCUUCCACUGAAUGAUAAUGACUUUGGUGAUGUGGACGACAAACGAUUCCUGCAGCUGUUUGGACACUUGACGAAGCUGGUUGGCUUGUUCAUGGGUAAUUCUUUUGUCGAGCAAGUGACGCUCAACACGUUUUCUAAGUUUAGAAAUUUGCGGAGACUACACCUGUACGGAAACCAAAUACACACACUUCCGGAUGGCGUGUUUGACAAAAACAAUCUCGAGGAGUUAAUUUUGCGCUCCAACCGCUUAAGUCGAAUAUCACCAUCGGCUUUCGACAACAACAUCAUUGCAAGACUAAAAUCUCUCGACCUUAGCGACAAUCUGUUCUCUUGCUCUUGUGAACUAAGGUGGUUCCGUGACUGGAUGGUGGCGCAGCCUUCGGUGUUUGCUAACUCACAAGGCAAAUACGUGUGCUCUGAUAGACAGAACGUGACAGUCAUGUCAUUCUACUUACCUGAUCAGGCGUGUCUGAUGACUACUGAUGUUUACAAAUUCAUUAUAGCCAGCGUGGGAGUAAUCAGCUUUGCUUUCAUAUUGUUAUCCUCGCUGUAUCGCUACCGCUGGCACAUUCGUCUCGUUCUGUACGAGGCAUUUCGAGACAGGUCUGGCGAGAGAAGGAGACGUCUGCAGGAUCAGGUGUACAACUAUGACGUCUUUGUGUCGUACGCCGAGGAAGACUUGCGAUGGGUGCAGACGAGACUGAUGCCGGAAGUGGAGCAGCGACUGGGAUUGCGGCUGUGUGUGCAUCAACGUAAUUUUAUUCCAGGCAAGAACAUCGUCGACAACAUCGUGGACAGCGUCAACGACAGCAAGAAGAUUCUGAUGGUGUUCUCCACUAACUUUGCUCGCAGUCACUGGUGUCAAUUCGAGUUGGCGUUCUGUCUCCGUCACGUUAUGGAAAAUGAAGAUAACCUGAUCAUCGUGUGUUUGGAGGACAUUUUAUCACGUGAUCUGACGAGCGUGAUGAUGGCGGUACUGAAGACUAACACGUACAUCCAGUGGCAAAACCAUCCAGAUGCUGCAGCCUCGUUCUGGGGACGUCUUGAGAUUGCCCUGCAGGAACUUCUCUCUCAAACUGUUUAG